AUGCUUGGCAAAAUCAAGACGUUCGUCUCGCGUCAGGCGGGACAAAAGGCAGGCAAUGCCCUCACCACCUCGUCUGGAGCCCCGCCCACACUCAAGGACGCCUUUAACCAGGCACUGCAGAUGACAAGUAAACUCUUUGAAGAGCGGGAGUGGCAGUGCCCCUGUGGGCAUAAGUUUCGCGCCUCGGGUGACUGGGUGGCUACGCUUCCCAUCUACUGCGAGGUCCCGUCAUGCCCGAACCCAAAGUACUACGUUGAUGGGCCGGGUCGCGCUCUUCUAGAGGCGAACCCGUCAGGAGUGAAACUGCAGGAGGUGAAGGAUGCCCCUUCCAUACCAUCCUCGUCCUCAACUCCAGGUGUUGCGUCACGCUUCAAUAAUCGAUCUAAAUAA